AUGGCACUGGAACUCAACGCCGCUACUGCUGCCAGCACGACUGCUUCUACUUUUAAGACUACUGAAGCCGUCGAAUUUGCCGAAUCUAGCCAGUACUUAAUUGCCUCCGAAGGCACAGAUAAUCGAUUGACCGUUGGCCAAACUUCCGACAACGAUUAUUCUGCCAUUGACGCCUCACACGGGACCGUUCCGAGCCUCAUGGCCCCAAGGCGUGACAUGAAGCCACCGAUUCAUCGCCACAAGAGAGCCUCGAGCUCCUUCAAGAUCGUGGACAAAACCACUGCAGACGCCGUUGUUCCCCCGAGUUCGUCUUGUGCCCCCCCACCCAAUGACGAUCCCAACAGCCGCUUCGGCAAGAAGUAUGUUGGCGCAAACGGCGAGACGCAGGCGGUUAUCUUUGACCAGCCGUCAAAACCCGAUGAAAAGCAAUGCGAAGAAUUUCAGAUACUCCCAUCGACCUCUUACAACUCAAGUAGUUUUCCUAGAAACCCUGCUAAAGCCUCCCAGUCAGUCAAGGCUACAGCUGAUGACACUCAUAUUCUGUCAUCGACCACCUUCAAGUCAUCGGAGGCCUUAUUCAAAGUUCCCAAGACUCAGUGCAGCGAUUCGAGAGUAACUGAGAAAGGCCCUAUUCUUUCUUCGACCUCAUACACUGAGCCUGGUUCCGUCCUUGAGAUGCCCUGUGGUGAUGAAGCGUCUUCUGAGGGGAAACAACCCCUGAAUUCGACGUCUAACCCCACUUCUACCCUCUUGCAUGAAGUGCUCAGAACUCCGGCCUCAGAAAAGACGUUGGCUGAAAAGAAGGUUCGCUUCGCUAUUGCGUCUUCCAGCAAGUACGAAAACGACGGUUCCGAGAAUGCAGACUCGGAUGGUUCUGACAGGACUAUCAAGCCAAAUGUUGCCGGUAUGACGGGAGCGCACGAAUCCUUCCUGUCGCCUGUCAUCUGGAACAAGGGAUCUGAACCUAAGAUCUGGAUCAAAGACGGAAAGCCAACGCUCUUUCAGCCGGAAAAGGAGCCAGGUUAUUACACCAACCCUCUUUGGUCUCGUCAAUACCCCGAGGUGCUCUCGAACGAUCAGGGCGUACAUCCCCAUGUCUUCAACUACGCCGAGAGUACCACAUCCACUGAUGGCAGUCAAUACUCCGAAACUCCCGCCACUAACUCGAACGCCAAGUUCGACAGGAAUGCCAACCCCCACAUGAACGACGACACCACCGCAAGUAUGAGCUUCGGCGCGAGCACUCCGAACACCGGCGCUGCGUUCACGGGGACCCCCGGAGACCAGAAUGCUUCGCCGGUUCCUCCAAGCCAGACCUUCUUUGGUCGAAAUGUUCCGGAGCGGUCCAACUUGCCGACUGGGUUUGCCCUGACUCCCCGAUACAGAUCCCAGGUUAAGCUUGAAGUUGGCGGUCGUCGCUUCGUUACCAGCUUCGAGAUUCUCGAGAAGAGCCCCUGGUUCAGACAGCUGUUUUCCAUUGACUUUCGCAACUGGUAUUGCGAUGGCGUCUUUCACAUUGAAAACGAUGGCGAUCUGUUCGCCCACAUUCUUCGGUACUUGCGAACUGAUCUCUACCCGCUUUUCUGGGACGCCCGCAAUGGCUUCGACUAUGCUAUGUACUCUAUGAUCAUGCAACAGGCUCACCAUUACAUGCUCUACGACCUCGAGGCCUGGAUUGCGGCUCGGGAGUUCCAUGAAGUUGUGGAGACCCAGGUUAUACAUCAGAAGCUGAUGAUCCCUCACGAUCAAGCGUGGAUACACGACCAGCGCCUGAUGGGCAAUCACUCUUACAUGAUCUCUGGCGUUGUCGACGAGAACUCUGGCCACAAGGGCAGGGAAGAUAACUUUGAGGGCUUCAAGAUUGACAUGGGCGGCGCGGCUGCUCUUUUUACCACCGAAAAGAUGAUUAAUGUAAACAUGGACAAGCUGCGUCGUGUCUAG